ACCCGCGAUCCGGAGUGCGAGCAGGAGCAGCGACCUCCUCCCAAUCAAGAGGCCGGAGUGCGAGCCUUUACCUGACCUCAAUUCGGCUUGGAUGCUUUAGCAACAAUCGGCAGACUGAGCAAGCGAGAGAGGAGAGAGUGUGGGACAGAGACGGAUAUUUGGGAUACAGCUGUCGCGCGUCCCGACUCUCGGUCUUGCAAUGGGAUGCACGUUAAGUGCAGAGGAGCGCGCGGCUCUGGACCGGAGCAAAGCGAUCGAGAAAAACCUGAAGGAAGACGGAAUGAGCGCAGCCAAAGAUGUCAAAUUACUGCUGCUGGGCGGAGGGGAGUCGGGGAAGAGCACCAUCGUCAAACAGAUGAAGAUUAUCCAUGAAGAUGGGUUCUCUGGAGAUGACGUAAAGCAGUUUAAAACUGUGGUCUAUAGCAACACCAUUCAGAGUCUCGCCACCAUCUUGCGAGCAAUGGAAACUCUUGGUAUAGAGUACGCAGACAAGGGCAGAACUGCAGAUGCUAAGAUGGUAUUUGAUGUGGUCGGUCGUAUGGAAGACACAGAGCCAUAUUCAACAGAACUGCUGGCUGCCAUGAUGCAUCUGUGGGCUGAUGCUGGAACUCAAGCUUGCUUUAGCCGCUCACGAGAGUAUCAGCUCAACGACUCAGCCCAAUAUUACCUAGACUGUUUGCAGCGCAUUGGAUCUCCAGAUUACCUCCCCACUGAACAGGAUAUUCUUCGAACCCGAGUCAAAACCACUGGCAUCGUUGAGACCCAUUUUUCCUUCAAGAACCUUAACUUUAGGCUGUUUGAUGUGGGGGGACAGAGAUCAGAGAGGAAAAAAUGGAUUCACUGCUUUGAGGAUGUGACAGCCAUUAUCUUCUGUGUGGCAAUGAGUGGAUAUGACCAAAUGCUCCAUGAAGACGAAACCACGAACCGUAUGCAUGAGUCUCUGAUGCUCUUUGACUCUAUAUGUAACAAUAAGUUCUUUGUUGACACGUCCAUCAUCCUCUUCCUUAAUAAGAAGGACCUUUUUGGAGAAAAGAUUGUGAAAUCUCCACUGAAUAUCUGCUUCCCAGAAUACACAGGUCCAAAUAUAUUCGAAGCGGCGGCUGCAUAUAUACAGGGUCAGUUUGAAAGUAAGAAUCGCUCCCCUAACAAAGAGAUCUACUGUCAUCUAACCUGCGCUACAGACACAGGAAACAUCCAAGUGGUCUUUGAUGCUGUCACUGACAUCAUCAUCGCCAAUAACCUGCGUGGUUGUGGCCUCUACUGAGCUCCAACUCCGCUUGUUGUCCUUCCAAAUGGUAACAAGUGACUGAACUGACACCCCUGUGACUUUGGCCAAGGCACUCCCUUAUUUCAUUUCACUCUGUCAGUUUUUGUCUUUUGUUCAGAAUAUUUAUCCCUUAUUUUCCUUUGUAGUUUGUCAGUACAUUUUGCUGGAGUAAAUAACAUAUGGGUGUGCAUGUAUAGUGUAAAGAUGAGCGUUUGGCCGGGCAUAGAUGCUUUAAGCAUGAGUGCAUGUGUGAGAGUGUAAGUCACAAGGAGUGAGAGUGUUUGUCAGGUGAUAAAACACAAAGGUUCUCCAAGUGCUGGCAUGAUCCUAAACUAAAAUGAUCUCAAAAACCCGGAAGGAUCACUGACUUGCAGGCUUAAAAUCUAAAAAUAUUGAGUGACUGUGAGCAAGAUAUAUGGUGAAUCAUUUAGAAGAGCCGAAUGUCAUUUCAGAAACUGAAUGUUGUCCAGGGGCAGCUCUUUAAGCCAAAGUUGUUGGGAGACCUGGCAUCGCCCCUUUUUGGGACUUCUCACUGGCGUCAGGCUGUGACAUAUAAUGCCUUUCAGCGAAUGAAGCCUCUUACAAAGUGUGAUGUUGACAACAUUCUCACUCAACAUGAGCACAAAUAGUUCCAAAUCUUAUCAGUUGUUUAUUUCUGUAUAAAUUAUUCUGUAGUUUAUUUAUUUAUAUAACUAUAAGCGCAUGUAUUUACAUAUUUUGUAUCGCCCCACACUUUGUGCACCCUAUCAGUGUCGGGCAAUGAAUACAAACGAACUAGCUUACAGACUUUAGAUGGAGAACAGCGUAAAUAUUAAGACAGUCAUUCAGAUUCAUAUAUAACUGAAUUACUGAACGAAUGAGCUAUUGCUUCUUUUGAACUCACUCUCUUUAACUGAUGACAUGAUGUGUGAGCGUGUGUACAGAUGCGUGUGUGCGUGUGUGAUGCAUGCACACUCUUUAUUCAACCAUGACCUGUUACUUAACCCAGAUUUCUUUUCCUCUUUCUCUGCUGU